AUGAAGCUCUCUGCUGGACUCGUUUCUUUGGCUAUUGCCGUCACCUCUGCCUCUGCUCAAGCUGUAGGCCCUUGGGGCCAGUGUGGUGGUAGUGGAUGGAGUGGUGCAACGACUUGCGAGAGCGGCUAUACUUGCCAGAAGCACAACGAAUGGUACUCUCAAUGCGUCCCUGGUACCUCCAGCGCGCCUCCCCCUCCCGUCACUCCCCAGCCGUCGACCACUGCCGCUCCUCCCGUCGUGACCCCGCCACCUCCCACCUCUGCGACUGGCUUCGUCAAGACCAACGGUACCCGCUUCGUUUUGGACGGAAAGCCGUACACUGUGGUUGGAUCCAACUCGUACUGGGUCGGUCUUUCUGGACACAGCAGGGACAAUAUGAACCGGGCCUUUGCUGACAUUGCAGCUGCUGGAGGCACCACUGUCCGAACCUGGGGUUUCAACGAAGUCACUGCGUAUGGCGGUAUCCCCUAUUAUCAGAUUUGGAACGGAAGGACGCCGUCCGUCAACACUGGCGCCAAUGGUCUUCAAAACUUCGACCAGGUCAUCGCCGCGGCCAAGGCCAACGGCAUCAAGCUCAUCGUUGCCCUGACGAACAACUGGUCCGAUUAUGGCGGCAUGGACGUAUAUGUGAGACAAAUUCUCAACUCCAACAACCACGAUUUGUUCUACACGGACCCGGACGUCAAGGCGGCCUUCAAGAACUAUAUUAGGGCUUUCGUCGGGAGAUACGUCAAUGAAACAGGUAUCCUUGGAUGGGAGCUUGCGAACGAACCAAGGUGUCGUGGAAGCACCGGCACCACCUCUGGCAGGUGCACACCGGCCACGAUUACGGCUUGGGCACGGGAAAUGUCUGCCUUCAUCAAGUCUAUUGACCCCAACCACCUGGUGGCCCUUGGAGACGAAGGCUUCUACAACCAACCCGGUCACCCGGUCUACCCAUACCAGGGCGGGGAAGGUAUUGACUUCGACGUCAACCUUCAAAUCGAUACCCUCGACUUUGGUACUGUCCAUGCCUAUCCUGAGCACUGGGGUCAGCAAGGCAACGAAGUGGGCUUCGGAAACGAUUGGAUCAAGGACCACGCCGAAUCCCAGAAGAGAUACGGCAAGCCCGUCAUCCUUGAGGAAUACGGCGUAACCACCAACAAGCCAGCCGUUUACACUGAAUGGCUCAGGACCAUCCAAACCUCCGGCCUUGCUGGGGACCUCUACUGGCAAGCGGGAUCUCGACUCCCAACUGGUAGCACUCAUGACGACGGAUUCACUGUCUACCCUGACCAGCCAGCCUACCAGCUCUUGCGAAGCCACGCUGCCGCCAUGAAGGCUCGCGGGUAG